UGAGUUGAGCUGCACGGCUCGUAUUCCCUUUUUAGUUGAGUGAAAAAAAAAAAAAAAAAGCGACAACAUCGUAUCGCUGUCGCCAUCUUGUUACCGGGCAGCGGGAGGACCGGACGUGGUGGAGGACAGGAGGGGGCUAUAAGAGCGGGGAUGGCAGCGGCGGCCCACUCAGAGAUGGGGUCGGAUGUCCCUGCUCUGGGAGUCGCUGUGUCCUCGGGAAACCCAGGCUCCAGUGCCCAGGCCGGAGGGUCCAUGGUGCAGAGAUCCAACAAGCGUCGCUCAGGGUUGGAUUUUGAUGACGACGACGAUGACGACUCCAACAGUAAAUUCCUCAGGUGUGAUGACGACCAGCUUCCUAAUGACAAGGAGAGGUUUGCAAGGUCAGACGAUGAGCAGAGUUCAGCGGAUAAGGAAAGACUUGCAAGGGAGAAUCACAGCGAGAUCGAGCGGAGGAGAAGGAAUAAAAUGACCGCCUACAUCACCGAGCUCUCCGACAUGGUGCCCACGUGCAGCGCCCUGGCACGCAAGCCCGACAAGCUCACCAUCCUGCGUAUGGCGGUGUCCCAUAUGAAGUCUCUGCGGGGAACGGGGAACACUUCCACAGACGGCUCCUACAAGCCGUCCUUCUUGACCGAUCAGGAGCUCAAACACCUGAUUUUGGAGGCGGCAGACGGCUUUCUGUUCGUUGUGUCCUGCGAGACGGGAAGGAUCGUGUACGUCUCGGACUCCGUGACUCCUGUCCUCAACCAGCCCCAGACCGAGUGGUUUGGGAGCACCUUGUACGACCAGGUUCACCCGGAUGAUGUGGACAAGCUUCGGGAGCAGCUCUCUACAGCGGAGAACGCCAUGACGGGGCGCAUCCUAGACCUGAAAACUGGCACAGUGAAGAAAGAGGGUCAGCAGUCCUCCAUGAGAAUGUGCAUGGGGUCCCGGAGGUCGUUCAUCUGCAGAAUGAGAUGUGGGACCACUUCUGGGGAAUCGGCCGCCAUGAACAGGCUCGGCUUCAUGAGGAACAGAUGCAGGAGCGGCCUGGGUCCCCCUAAAGACGGAGAGCCGCAGUUUGUGAUCGUACAUUGCACAGGAUACAUUAAAGCAUGGCCGCCUGCAGGUGUCACUUUACCGGACGAGAACCAGGACGCAGGGCAAAGCAGCAAGUUCUGUCUGGUGGCCAUUGGCAGGUUACAGGUAACAAGCUCCCCCAACUGCACAGACAUGAAUAGCAUCUGCCAGCCGGUCGAGUUCAUCUCGCGGCACAGUGUAGAUGGCUUGUUCACCUUCGUGGACCAUCGAUGCGCUGCAACUGUUGGCUACCAGCCCCAAGAGCUCUUAGGAAAAAGCAUUGUGGAGUUUGCCCACCCCGAAGACGAGCAGCUGCUGAGAGACAGUUUCCAACAGGUGGUGAAAUUAAAAGGUCAGGUUCUGUCCGUCAUGUUCCGGUUCAGAUCCAAAAGCCGCGAGUGGCUGCUGAUGAGGACCAGCUCGUUCACCUUCCAAAAUCCCUAUUCUGAUGAGAUUGAGUAUAUCAUCUGCACAAACACCAACAUAAAGAACUCUAGCCAGGAGUCACGACCAGCCUUGGCCACAUCUAUGCAGAGACCACCGCUAGGCCAGGGCCUUUCACACUCUCUGGAAAUGGGUCCGGGACAAUUGACUGGCAGACAACAGCCUCCGCCACCAUCAGAACUGGAUGUUGUGCCCAGCAGGGAUAAUAUGGUUGCAUAUAACCACACACAGGUUCCAGUUCAGCCAGUGACUGCUGCAGUUCCUGACCACAAAUCUCUGGAGAAGUCUGAGGCUCUUUAUGGACAGGAGAGAGACUCCAGGUUUGCUGAAAUCUACAGCAGCAUUAACCCAGACCAGAAUAAAGCCCUCAAUCCUAGCGGAGUCCCUGGCAACCAGCAGCUCUUCCCACAAGCCAGCACUUUCACGUCUGCUCCCCGCCCAGUGGACAACUUCAGGAGUGGUGGGAUGGUUUCUCCAGGCAACAUUAUCCAGCAGCCGGUGUCUGCCGGGCAGAUUCUCGCCCAGAUAUCACGACAUACCAGCCCCACUCAAAUCUCCGGCACUAACUGGAGCUCUGGCGCACGUCCCUCCUUCACAGGGCAGGCAGCAAAGACCCAGUCGCCUGUGUUUGGGAUGGGCAACUUCCAGACAACUCCUACCAACUUCAGCCCAUUGUCCUCCCAGAGUUCCACCUCCUCUCCAGCGGCGGCCACGUACCCCAACCUGGCCGCUAGGACCAACAACUUCGCCCCAGAGGUAGGGCAGCCACGUGUACCCUUCCAGACACGGGCAGCGGACGCGGUAGGAGUGUGGCCCCAGUGGCAGAGCCAGCAUCACGGCCAAAACAAUGCAGAGUCUCACGUCCAGCCACAGGCCGGCCAGUCCGAAGUCUUUCCAGACAUGUUGUCCAUGCUGGGAGAUCAGGCCUCCAGUUACAACAACGAAGAGUUUUCCGAGCUCAACAUGUUCCAGCCUUUCGCCGAGUAAGAGAUGCCCUCAGUCGCACAGAUCAUGGAGUCCAGAUGCCUAUAAAUGACCGUUUGCUCAGCUCCUCUCCCCCGCCCCAAUCACUCACUCCUUACUCUUGAUCUCCUGCCGUUCUCGAGGAGAUAAGACCAUUGGCGGUAAGGCAGGUGGACUAUACAAGAUGGACGUUGCCACCAGGACAUGGGGAGGAACCGUCACAGGGACACCACAGAACUGCCUUCUAUAUGAACUAAGGGGAGAGACCUGAUCAUGUUCUCUCUCUCCCCAACCCUCACCAGCUUCCCCCCCCCCCCCCUUCCAAAAAUAUUUUGCCACUGAUUAUUCGUCAUUUUGCAAAAUCUGAUUAAUUCAGAUUACAAUACGCACCCCCUCCCCAAAACAUUUCAUUAUUAUGUAGUGACCUUAAGACCCUAAAAGCUAUCAUUUUAGGCUCUAUCAGGGAUGAAACUUCAUGCGUAGGAUAAUCACAAUUGUAGUUGGUGCCUUUUCUAAUCACGUCAGGACAGGAAACCGCUAGACAAUCAGUAGAGGAGGUAGACAUAGGAAGGCCAUGGCUUUCAUCAUAUAUUAUAUUGUGGGACAAGGGCCACCUUAAAGGGUUGUCGCACAAUGACAUGUCAUAUCAGGUAAGGGUGGUCCUGCUCGCUGGUGGACACAGCCCGUCUAUGCAGUAUAGGCUCAGCCAAAUAGUUGCCGGAGCUGGUAAAAGCUGAUUGGCAGAAGGGUCCACAAUGAUCCCAGACUGGCAGCGGUCGAUUAUCUUCCACUAUCAACAUGGUUGCCUGGUCAAGACAACCCCUCUAAGGGUGCAUUCACACUGCGUUUGAAGUUCAUGUGCCGCGAUAGCCCCUGCCACUUGCGUCCAACGUAUCCUAUUGUUCGGACAGAGGCAGAGAAGGGCUAUACAGCGGCAUACGUCACGGAUGACCGCCACCAAAGACAGCAAAGUGAAUGCACCCUAUCCAAAAAAAUACAAAAAACGGGGGGUGAGCUCUUGUUCAAGUGACAGCCUGGUAUUUAUUAAAAACAGAUGAGAUUGAAGAUGGCUGCCAUUAAAAAUAAAGUGAAA